AUGGAUCCGUUCACUGAGAAACUCCUUGAAAGAACCCGUGCCCGGCGAGAGAACCUGCAGAAGAAAAUGGCUGAGCGGCCCAAGACAGGACUGAGACCCACGAUGCAGACCAAGAGGGUCAGAGAGCCUUUGUUAGAAACUGGUAACCAGGCACCUCUUCCUGGUGAAGAAGCGAAACCUGGUACAAAGCCAUCACCAUCGAAGAGGCUCUGCCCUAACGAUAUGGAGACUCAGGCUUCCAGUUCGGAGAACAUACAGCCAGUUCCCUCAAGUUGCACAAGCAAUCAUUAUCCUGAGAUGACUUCAGAGUUGCAUGUAACUGCUUCUAACAGGGCUUCAUUGGUUCAGCCUCUUGAGAAAGGAAAAACAAACACCAAGUCAGAAACUCCUGCAGCCCUUUCAGUCAAAACACGUAUGCAGAAAUUGGCAGAACAGCGACGCUGCUGGGAUAGCGAGGAUCCCUCUGAAUGUGUUCCUCUGUCUUCCCUCCAGUCAAAAGAUCUGUCUGUUUCUCCACCUAAGCAGACAUCUAGUGCCCUGGUAAGUGAUACCCCUAUUGGGAGAAGAGGCCGUUUAGCUAACCUUGCUGCUACAAUUGGUUCCUGGGAAGAUGACCUAAGUCAUCCAUCUGCAAAGCAAAACAAUGCACAAGAACAGCCUGGCACUACUUGUUUAUCCAAAUUGUCCACUACAAGUGGAGCAUCUGCUAGAAUCAAUAGUAGCAGUGUAAAGCAGGAAGCUGCAUCCUGUUCUCAAAGGCUUGUUGAGGCUUCUAUUAAUAAACCAGCAAACUCAAAGAUAGAGGAUUCAAACAAUUUUUUAACACAAUCCUCAAGAGUCACUGUUCCCUGUUCUAAAGAAUCUGAACUACGACAACAGUUAACAGAGAAUCCCUGCAGCCCUCAGAAAGCUGAAAAGCGUACACAAACAGCAAAAUCAACUUUGCCUCAACCAGUUCAGUCCAAAGUAGAGCCAGUCAAAGGAACACAUGUGCAACUUGAACCUAAGGGUAAACCCACAACACCAGGGGGAUCAGGAAUUAAGCCCUUCCUGGAACGCUUUGGGGAGCGCUGUCAAGAGCGUAGUGCACGGAGUCCUGCUACGAAUACUUCAGGGUGCAGAACACCCAUUGUUACCCCAAAUACAAGGACAAUCCAGGAAAGGCUUCUCAAACAAAAUGAGAAUUCCUCUACUGCCAGUUUAGCACUCCAGCUUAAGCAGGAACGUGAACGAGAACUUGCAUGCCUUCGUGGCCGGUUUGAUAGGGGCAAUCUGUGGAGUGCAGAGAAAAGUGAAAGUUCGAAGAGAAAACUUCCAGAAGCUAAAAUGGAAAGCCAAUCUCAGGCUAGUCCAAAACAUCCUCCUAGUUCAGAUGCCACUGCUUUUGGAUCAGCAGAAGACAAACCAGCAGGUGACACGCAAGCGAAGUCUCCCAGUGUGGAGUCUUCAGAUGCUUCUAAAUGUGAAGAGACUGAUAAACCCAGUCUUCUGAAGACCACUGAGCCAAAGAGCCUGCUAGAAGUGAUGUCUAUCUCAAGACUUGAACAACUUGCUGAGAAACCGAAAGAUGAAGUAUACGAAAUUGAAAUGAGUGUGGAUGAUGAGACGAAUAGCUCAAAAGUGAUAAAUGAAAUUUUUGAAGUUCUUCAAGAGGAUGGUCCAGACAUAGAAAAGCUGAAGAAAGAAAUGAGCAUGAGCUUGGAAGGUGAAAGUGAGGAGGAGGAGCAGGAAGAGUCACUGAAUAUUUCAUCAAUGUCUCUGUUAACCCCUCUAGUGGAAUCUGUUGGUCCAGAGGCCUUUGUCUCUCCUUGUAAGUCAACUGGUGAAGGUAGUAGUAUCAGUGAUAUAAGUCUGAAGUCUGAAAAGUUCCAAAGGACUAAAGUCCCCAGGGCAGAAUCCGGAGACAGUAUAGGCUCUAUGUCAGAAGAUCGCAACCUUCCAUAUAGUGUUGAUGCAUAUAGGUCUCAAAGAUUUAAAGAAACCGAUCGUCCUUCAAUAAAGCAAAUCAUUGUUCGCAAAGAAGAUGUUACUUCUAAACUAGAAAUGAAAAAGAAUGGCCCAUCUGAUCAAGUCAAUAUAAAAAAGAAAAUGCAGGAGCUGAAUAAUGAGAUCAAUAUGCAGCAGACAGUGAUUCAUCAAGCCAGUCAAGCUCUGAACUGCUGUUUUGAUGAGGAACAUGGAAAAGGGUCACAAGAAGAAGCAGAGGCAGAGAGACUUCUUCUCCUUGCAACUGAGAAGAGAACUGCUUUAUUGGAAGAACUGAAUAAACUGAAGAGUGAGGGACCUCAUAGUAAAAGAAAUAAAGCUGCUUCUACAUCUACUGAAUUUGCUCCAUCCAGGGGAUCUGUUUCCAUUUCAGAAAUGCGUCUACCUUUAAAAGCAGACUUUGUGUGUGGUACGGUUCAAAAGCCAGAAGCAGCAAAUUACUACUAUGUAAUAAUACUGAGAUCUGGAGCAGAAAACAUGGUUGCAACUCCAUUAGCAAGUACUGCCAGCUCCCUGAAUGGAGACGCUCUUACUUUUACUACGACAUUUAUUAUGCAUGAUGUGUCAAAUGACUUCGAAAUAAAUAUAGAAGUUUACAGUUUGGUGCAGAGAAAAGAAGUUACAAGCACUGAUAAAAGGAAAAAGGCAAAUAAAUCUAAGGUUAUCACUCCAAAGAGAUUAUUAACAUCUAUUACCUCUAAAAGCACCCUUCUUACUCCAGCCAUGGCCAGUCCAGGUGGCCCUAAUGCUGUACGCACUACUAAUUUCAUCCUUGUUGGAUCCCACAAGCUAUCGCUGUCUUCUGUAGGGAAUGCCAAAUUUGCGUUGGACAAGGUUCCUGUUUUGUCUCCUUUGGAAGGUCAUAUAUAUCUAAAGUUAAAAUGCCAAGUGGACUCCUCUGUGGAGGAGAAAGGGUUCUUGACUAUGUUUGAAGAUGUUAGUGGAUUUGGAGCAUGGCACAGGCGCUGGUGUGUGCUGUCUGGAAAUUGUAUAUCUUACUGGACAUACCCAGAUGAUGAAAAACGAAAGCAUCCUUUGGGCCGGAUAAACUUGGCUAACUGCACUAAUCAUCAGAUCGAACCUGCCAACAGGGAGUUCUGUGCCCGUCCCAACACUUUUGAACUAAUAACUGUCCGACCUCAGAGGGAGGAUGACAGAGAGACUCUUGUCAGCCAAUGCAGAGACACACUUUGUGUUACAAAGAACUGGCUGUCUGCUGAUACUAAAGAAGAGCGUAACCUUUGGAUGCAAAAGCUCAACCAAGUCCUUGUUGACCUUCGCAUGUGGCAGCCUGAUGCCUGCUACAAACCUAUUGGAAAGCUUUAAACUCAGGAAGGAAAAUAUGAAGAAAAUAUGUAUGCAAAAACCCACAUGAACUA